UGUCAGCGCGACUGGGGGAGGCCGGGCCCGGGCCCCGCCCGCCUCAGGGUCCGGCGCGGUGCCCUUGAGGGCGCCUGUCACGGGAGCGGGGGUGCCAGGGGUAGGGACGGAGCUGAGAGAAAAGCGGGGCCUGAUGGGGCCGGGCCCAGCCGCCAGCACCAAUGCGGGCGGGUUCCUGUGCUUCAUGCGUGGGGGGCUGGAAGGGCAGGGCACUCCCUGGGGUGUGUGCUCGGGGCACCAGGGAUCAUCCCCCUGUGGCUGGACCACGGGCCCCUGGUUUGAUGUGGCCCUGAUGAGCCCCAGUCCUGAUUAGCCCCAGAUUUGGCCCCAGUCACUUGCACACUAGGUUUCCAUGGCAAUUAGCCAGGAUGGUUCCCAGCAAAGUGUUAAUUCAAAUCACUGGUAGGUAGGAUUAUGGGCUUGUCCCUAUCCCUAAUGGCCGGGGCUUGCUGGGAGAUGAAGCACUCAAAUGUGGGCCAAGCCCCUCAAACCCUAAUUUAAGAAAAAUGCUGUGGCUGGCAUAGUCUGGGAAUUACGCGAGAAGCAAGGCUUCCUUAGGGCGCUGUAUUUAUUGGACCCGCAGUGUCGCUGGGAUAACGUUAGACAAGCUUUCCAAGGUAAGACAUUCUUCCUGAGGUCCCAGUUUCAGACCUGAGGAUGAAUGUCUGGCAUUUAGAAGCUUGUCUAAUUUUGUGAGAAGUGAGGAUUUCUUAGGAUGCUGUCUUUUAUUGGGCUGACUAUAUAGUUGGGAUAAAGUUAGACAAGCUUUCGGAUGUAAGAAGAUCGUCUCGCCUUCAAAAGCUUGUCUGACUGCAUCCUAGCUAUGUAGUUGGUCCAGUAAAAGAUACCACCCUCAGAAAUCCUUGCCUCUCAACUGAGCCUGUUGCCUGUUUUUAGCCUGGCAGUCCUGUACUUAAAUCUCUGGUUAAGACCUCGCUUAUCUGCAUGCUGCAUUUUUGUUGCAUGUUGGUAGUCUGGGUUCCCUGCUCUUGGGGUUAACUCAAGCUGAGACUUCAGUUGCGUGUGCUUUAGCACAAAGUAGAAGCCUUGCUAAAAUGAGGUAAGGAGCAUGAGAUCUGGUAGUGUUUAGGAAAGUGGUUCUCUGCCUUCUGAGUCUUGAGCCCCCCCAUGGUAAACACCAGCUUUUCCUGUUUUUGUUCUUGUUUUUUACUACAGAAAAAUACUAGAGGUGCAGAGAACUGAAAAGGGCCAGAACAGGUCAGAAUCUCUUAGUUUGCCUUGUGAAUUUUGUUUGCACACCAAACAGUGCUAACAUGGCUUGACACCCCGCAGCACCCUUGAAAGGAUGCCAGACACCCUGACUGAGAAUCACUGGUUUAGAACAUGAAGAAGCAAGUGGAGCAAUAUUAGCUGUGCCAGGAUGUGCCCUGAUAUCUUAGUCAUGUUUGUCAUAGCUGAUUGGAAAUAAUCUGGAACACCUACAUAGUCCUGUAGAAAUCAUCAGUGUACAGAUUAGGGGGUGUAAGGUCUGCCUGUGAACUAGUUUCAUCACCUCCUUCCUCUCUGAGUAGCAUCUUCACAUGCAGUCUAACAUAUAUCACCAAGCUGUAUAUUUUUAUUCCAGAUUGUACAUCAGGUACGCAUUCCAGAUUAUUUGCAUGCAGUAGGAGCAUGAAGUCUGAAUCUUAGUAACACAAACCUUUGCAAGAAAAGUACUUGUUGUUGAUCCUGAUGGAUGCAGAGAGAGCCUGGAGCUAUGCCAUGCAGCUUAAGCAGGAAGCAAACACAGAACCCCGUAAGCGAUUUCACUUGCUCUCUCGUCUGCGCAAAGCUGUGAAGCAUGCUGAGGAGCUGGAGCGUCUGUGCGAAAGUCAUCGGGUGGAUGCCAAGACAAAGCUGGAAGCUCAGGCAUACAUGGCUUACCUCACAGGGAUGCUGCGUUUUGAGCACCAGGAGUGGAAGGCAGCAAUGGAAGCUUUCAACAAAUGCAAAACCAUAUAUGAAAAACUGGCUAAUGCUUUCACAGAAGAGCAGGCUGUGCUAUAUAACCAACGUGUGGAGGAGAUCUCGCCCAACAUUCGCUAUUGUGCCUACAAUAUUGGUGAUCAGUCUGCUAUCAAUGAGUUAAUGCAGAUGAGACUGAGAUCUGGUGGCACUGAGGGUCUUCUUGCUGAAAAACUGGAGGCACUGAUCACCCAGACUCGUGCAAAGCAGGCAGCCACCAUGAGUGAGGUGCAGUGGAGGGGGAGAACUGUCCCGGUGAAGAUAGACAAAGUGAGGAUCUUCUUAUUGGGGUUGGCAGAUAAUGAAGAAGCCAUUGCUCAGGCAGAAAAAGAAGAAACAAAAGAACGUCUGUUUGAGUCUUUACUCAGUGAGUGUAGAGAUGCUAUACAAGCUGUUCGUGAAGAGCUGAAACCAGACCAGAAACAACGGGAACAUUCUCUGGAAGUGGAUUCUGGGAAGGUGUCCAAUAUUCAGUAUCUACACAGUUACUUGACAAACAUCAAGCUGUCAACAGCCAUCAAGCGCAAUGAGAGCAUGGCAAAAGCUUUGCAGAAGGCACUACUACAGCAGCAACGGACAGAAGAUGAUGGCAAGCACACAGCACGACCUCAGGACCUGAUUCGCCUUUAUGAUAUAAUCCUGCAGAAUCUGGUGGAACUGACACAGCUCCCUGGCUUGGAAGAGGACAAGAAUUUCCAGAAGGAGAUAGGACUGAAGACGCUGGUGUACAAGGCUUACAGGUGUUUUUUCAUUGCACAAUCCUAUGUCCUGGUGAAGAAGUGGAGUGAAGCCCUUGUCUUAUAUGACAGAGUGCUGAAAUACGCCAAUGAAGUGCAGUCCCAGGCUGGAGCUUAUAAGAACAGCUUAAAGGAGCUACCCGAUGUCCAGGAGUUGAUCACACAAGUGAAUGCAGAGAAAUACUCUUUGCAGGCAGCAGCCAUAUUAGAUACAAGUGACACUUGUGAGGCAGAAUCUCCAUCUCAAGUCAAGGAUGGCAAGCCUCUCUCUGAACGGUUUGAGACCUUCUGCCUGGACCCUUCUCUUGUCAGCAAGCAAGCCAGUCUGGUGCAUUUCCCUCCUGGGUUCCUGCCAAUACCAUGCAAACCCUUGUUCUUUGACCUGGCCCUCAAUUAUGUUGCCUUCCCACCUCUGGAGGACAAGGUGGAGCAGAAGGCAAAGAGCGGUCUUACAGGAUAUAUCAAGGGCAUCUUUGGAUUCAGAAGUUAACCAGGGCCUCUCUAGUGAACACAGGUUUAAUUCUGUAUUGUGGAAAAGCUCCAGCAGGUUCCAGAACAUGGAUAUCUGCAUCUGAAACCAAGGGGAAGUUCUUGUCAUCGUCUUCCCUAUGUUCUGUGUAUGAGUCUGUGCACUUGCAUUCUUUACCAGUCUAUUAGAGGAAAGCAGUCUCCCCCAGGGACGUGUACUAUGUAAAUCUGACAUCUGGAGCACAAGGAAAUUUAUUUAUUUGGUCCUCUGAAAAGUUGGAGCUUGUUUUUUGACCAGUGGCCUGUUCAGAGUCAGUACACGCUUGUAAUGGACCAGGCAUAGACAUAACUUGAUUUUCAUUGAUGGCCAACACAACUCAAUACUCUAAUUCAGAAUGAAAAAUAAAAGCCCCCCUCGCAAGGGUGGGGAGGACACAAGAAAAAGGUAGCUGAGGAGCAAACACUAGCUGAGGGGCUGCUUUACAGCUAGCUGUACUCCCCGAUUUAAAAAAAAAUAUAUAGUUUGUGUAAAGAGAAGUCUGUCUUUAUUUUUUAAAAAGGAAAAGUUUCAUUCAGAAAUGACGAAGCUGAAUUUCUUGUGUUAAGAGUGGCAAAUGCACUCUCAAAUUUUAAUGGUUACUUACUCUACCGUGGAGUCUUGCCUGAAUUUUUAUUUUGCUGGGGUCAGUAUGGUCCGUCCUCAUUGUUACACUCUUUUACAAGCCUACAUACACUAGAAUCCAUUCCUGCAAGGCUGCUCCUGUGAACCAACUGAUUUUCAUGGUUGGAUUGAAAAGGAGCUACCCACGCUUUCAUUAAACUGCAAGCCUCUCGGUUGUUAGUUUCCUUCCCUGAUUUCCCUGAAAAAAAGAUGAUCUUUAUUUCGAGUUCACCCCCACCUGCUUAUUCCUCAUCUUCAAUUUCCUGCUUUGGGCAUCCUGUGAUUUGGAAAACGGUUACUAAAGAUGAGGAAUAAGUAACAGGUGUACAGGGGAUUCUUAAGCAAUAAAGAUCAUAUCCCUUGUACUAGGCAGCGUUUUUUUUUCUUCUUUGUUUUUUUGUAAAAGCAUCUAGAUGCUAUGGUGAUAAAUGUUUUCAAAAUGCGGGUAAUUUCAUAAUUAUGUUUUCAUUUUUAAAAAGAUCAUGGACAGAACUGUUCCUAAAUAAAAAUGUAUUUGGAAGUUUUUCCAUGAUCCAUGUUGGGGUCUUUUACUGAGUUUGCUGUAGCUAGAAGCUGAGAUGCAGCAGUUCAAUCAGAUGGCCUUAAACUGUACCUUAUAGGUAGUCUUGGCUGUCAGCUUGACCCUGUUUCACCAUUAUCCUUGGUAUACACUAAAAGGGUGAAAACAAAUGAAACUCUGGCUUGAACUGAUCUGCAUUGCCCAACUUUUGAGGUAUUCCCUAAAACAGCAGUCAGCAGCAUUUUUUUUUUUUUUUUUUUUUUUUUUUUGAGUGGCAGGCCAAAACAAUCCAACUGGGGUCUAAGGUGGGCUGGGAUUUCAGACCUGGCUGCUGGUGCUGCUUCCCGCUGCUGUCUGACUAUAGCAUGUGCAAAGCCUCCUGUCAUCAGAGCUGGGGGGUCAUAAGUUUGCCAACUCCUGCCCUAAAAGAUGUUUUUAUGAUCAGGUUAGAGAGCAAGAAGGAAGGCAAUAGCUUCUAGAUUUCUAAGCUAAUUGUAUGCUUGGUGUUUGUUACAAAUGGAUCUAAUUUGUUAAUUCUGAAAGGUACCAAGAACAGGACUGUGCUCGGAGACUGUUUUAAUGGGGGAUAGAGGAGGGAGAAGGGAACUUCUUGUCCUCUUUUUAUUUUUACAGUGUGCGAAUCAAAUGGGUUUCCUGGUAUUCUGAAUCCUCAGUGCAGCUUCCAACUGGGGAGGGAAUUCUCUACAGAAAAUGAUCUUUAAUGAUGAAGAAAAAUUAAUGUUGAAGGACCUGUUUAUCAAGUAAUUUUAAACAAAUGGGGUCCUGGAACACAAUGAUUUGUCAGUUCGCCACAAAGCCUGUUUGUUUGAUUUAGAAACUACACAAAAGUCAGGCGAUUAAUGCUGACAGGGCCUUUUCCUAGCUGAUCUGCCUCAUGCUGGCUUUUUUUUUUUUUUGACUGUACUUUGCUCUGAACUUCUGUCUCCUUCUUUUUCAGAUUUUAUAAUAAACCACUUUGAGAAUUGUUUUCCUGUUUUUGGGAUGCAAAUUAGAUUCUGGGAAGGGUCUUGUUCCCCUUGUCCUGCUCCAAACCUGUGGGAACUUGGACUCAUUCUGAUGAAUCUUAUAUUGCAGCCUUUCUCUAAUUGGUUGCUGUUACAAAUGGUUAAAAGCAGUUAGCCUCUUUAUGUUAAACCUCUUGUGACACAUAACUGAUUAGCUGGAAACAGAUAAGAAAUCCUUCAACAAUAAAGUCUUAUUCCUGACUUGUGAGGCGUGGAGUUUAUAUUAAGCAUUGAGGAACCAUGGAGCAAUCAUUACCUCCUGAGUUCUCAAUCUUACCCUGUCUUUUCUGAGGCCGAACUCUUUGGGGAUGACCAUCCUCACUUGGAGAGUAAAGAACCAUCUCUGAAGCUUUGGCAUAUGCUCUGUUAUUAGAGGUAACUUUAUUCUUUUCCCUGUAACAAGAACAUGUUAACAAAAAAAAAAAUAGUUCCAAGAUUUAUGAGCAGUCUUGUCAUUUGCAUUCUUGAAUAAUUUGGAAGGAACUGAUACGCCAGGAAAAAUCCAAAAAUAGUAAAAAUAGCUAUUGCUUUUAAUUCAGUAGCUUAUAGCUGCCUGCUUUAUGGAAACCAGAUUGUUAGGUGCUAUGGCAACACAUUCAGUGCUAAAAACCAUCACAUUUUACAACAAUGUAGGAAAUCUACUUGGCAAUUUUUGGUGUGUUUUAAGUAGUGGUAGAAUUCGUCAGAAGGCCAGAGCGUCUACACAGGGGUCCAACUGCAUCGUUAAUAGCCAACCUACCAUCAUGCUUAGGCAGCCAAAGGCAAAGUAUCAAACUAGCAUCUAUUUCUAAACCUGCUAUGUAGCCUUGGCCUUCAGAUAACCAACCAGAGGCAGUCAAGCUCCUGUGAUGAAAACAAAGUGUAAUCUACACACGCGAUACAUGUCCUACGCUUGUAGAUUAAACUUUGUUCUCAUCACAGGAGCUUGACUGACCCAAGUCUAGAACAUGGUGGAGUUGUGCUCGUGCUGUAGUGUUUGUUUUGAAGCAUUUACUAGCUUUACCAGUAACUGAGUGACAACUCUUGUACAGUCUAGUUCCCAGACAGACUCCAGCAGAACCGGCAUUGAGUACAACUAAAAUAAAAACGUUAGCCGGACAAAGAUUCUUAAGGCUGGCAAAGGAAUCUUCAUUGUAUCCUCACUUAUGUCAAGUAUCUACACUUUCCAAAAAUGUUUCACUUGUUGCAUGUAACAGCUGACAUGCCCAGGUGUAGAUGCACCCACCAUCUAUAGUCCAAAGGAUGGGUUGUAGAAGUUAACUUCAUUAACCCAUGAAGAUCAUUCCCAGGCCCAGAAGCCUUUGCCAAACUAAUUUCUGUUUAAAAGAAGGGCUUUGGUUCAGCACAGCUGCUGUCGGCUGUUGUCCAAAAUACUCCAAAGAAGUACCCUCUGUAUAUAUGUUGCCUUCAGCUGAAAAGAGAAGGAAGUGCCUGCACAUUGGUGACGCUUCUGAUUCCCUAAAUAUGCUUUGGUCAAGAAGGGGUGGAAGAAUUAAACCUGCUUGAAUUGUUGGGAGCCUAUCCAACUAGGAAGGAAAAGACUGCAUUGGAAUGUGAUUCCUUCAUACUGUGGGUGUUUAAUCUGCUGUGGGAAGUGGAAAGCAGUUGCCCCCCUUGAGUAAUCUUUCGGGGGUUCUAGGGGCUCCCUCUCUGCACCUGAAACAAAGCAGAAGAAAAGGAACCGUCUCCAGGCACUGGAGUGAGUUGUCCAUCUUCCCUUCCCUCUUCUGCAUUACUGAGAAAGUGGAGUGGGUACCAGGGAGCACUGAUCACUGCAGGAGCACAGAUCCAGACCAGCUGAUCGGAAAUUGGAGUACUAACUGGGCACACAAAGCAGCUUGAAAAUGGAUCUCAACAUUCUCCUGGUACUCCUCUGAGCAAGCCUGCCGACCCCUCUCCAUUACAGAGGCUUCCACAUGGAGUACCUUAUCCAGUCCACGGCAAUGGAGCGCAGUGGCUGGAGGAUGCACCUGCAGCCAUUGUCU